CAGUGAACCUGGUUCCUAUGGCUGUUAAGGGUUGAAAAACAGAACAGAAAAGAAGAACAAAAAUUUAUCAGCAUGUUUCACCAGAGCUUCGCAUUUACUCCCACAGCUCUGCGCUCCUUAGAACAGGAACGAGACCUUCUGGAGAGACAAAGCCAUCAGAGGAAGCUCAUUGAGCCAACUGUCAACGGCUAUCUGCUGAGGAAGGAGGCUCGGGAACAAGCCUCACUCUCCAGGAAGAGCCCGGGGGUACCGUCGGUGCCACUGGUGUGCCGUGAUCUGGUGGUACAGAACGCCCUAUACACAGGGGAUGUGGAGGCUGUGAAGACACUGUUUCCCAAAGGCUCGCCGGAUAAACUGGUCAUCAAACCAGAGGGAGGGGCCAUGCGCUGGGUCUCCGAUGGGAGAGUCAGAGGACUGUGGUCUCUGACGUACGAGCAGGAGCUGACCACGCCUCUGCACAUCACCGCAGGACGAGGCUUCGCCGACUGCCUGGGGCAUCUCCUCCUGAGAGGGGCCUGUGUGGAUUUUGCCCCUGGGGGCACGACAGCACUGCACGAGGCCUGCCAGGAGUGCCAGCCAGAAUGUGUUAAACUGCUGCUACAGUAUGGUGCCAAUGCCAACGCUGUCACCGAGGAUGGACUGAUGCCCCUGCACCUCUGCACUGAGCCAGAGUCUCUGGAGUGUGCCAAGCAUGUGAUCCAGUUUGGAGCAGCCAUAAAUGGCCGCAGCGUGGAUGAAAAUGACACACCACUGCAUGUAGCGGCGCGUCAUGGCCUUCUGGCCCACGUGGAACUGUACCUGCGUCAUGGCGCAGCGGUGGAGUUGCAAAAUGAUGAAGGACAAACGCCACUGAAUGCUGCAUGUUCACAACCACACGAGCAUGCUGCUCUGGAGCGUUACGCUCAAGUGUGCCAACGGCUAGUGGAGAAUGGGGCGGAUGUGAGCACGGGCGACACCGACAGGCACACACCUCUGCACAUGGCAUGCAAGAACGCUAACCCUGGGAUUGUGGAGGUACUCCUGCGAAACGGUGCCCCUGUCAAUGACAUGGAUUACGGAGGCGAGGCGCCCAUGCAUAAUAUUCUAAAAAUAAUUGCUUAUAAAUUGGAGCAUGAACCCGAGCGGAUUGUGCAGGAAUUGCUCAACUAUGGGUCAAUCCGAGUGUGGCCGGGAGCUCUGCCCAAGGUCCUGAAGUACUGCUGUAUGUCACCACGUACCAUAGAAGUCCUGCUGAACGCAUACAGCCAGCUUAAAGUCAAUGAUCAGUGGGUGGAGGCUGUUCCUCCAGAGGUGUUCCAGAAACAUCAGGAAUUUUACGAGUCCGUGUUCGCUCUGGCCAAUACCCCGCGCUGCCUGCAGCAUCUGGCUCGCCACAGGUUGCGCACUUAUCUAGAAGGCCGUGUUCUCAAUGUGGUGCCCAAGUUGGUUCUGCCAACAUUUCUGAAGGCCUACCUGAUGCUGGAAUUUCGAGGCUAUGUUCACUAAGUGCUCACUGAACCAAAGGUUGUCAAGGAUGAAGGGCCAGGAUGUUGAUUAAUAAUGCAUAAAACUUUGCUGAGGAUGACCGCUCAGGUGUAGGUACUUUAGGCAGAGGUGCCAAUAAUUACACUUAACAUAUUUUGACCACUAUGAAAAUAAAAUAAAUUUUACUGAAAUGCUGAUUCACAGAAGGCGAAAGGACACAGAAUUUAAAAAGUGCAAGACAAAAGAAAAGAUUGGAACUUUAUAUCUGUAUUUGUUUUGGAGUAGAAUUUAAAUGUAACAGGGAGAUUGUGAGAUCCCAGUCUGGAUCUAAACAUCUGCUAAAUGCAUAAAUGUAAAUUGCUUUAAAUGAGACACAAAUAUCAUCGAGCGCUGUGCACGAACGUGACAUUUGACAUUCAUGAAAUGCAUCUUUGAAAGACAAGCCUGAAUGAAUUUGUCGGGAAAUUCCGUUUGAGAAUCGUUUUGAAUUUUUCUGUGUAUAAAUGACUAAUGAUGAUGAUGUGGAAUAGCUUUCGUAGACGACACUAAUAUGCAUUCCCUUUUGCAUUGACUGUUUUCCUGAAUGUACACAUACAGCAUUAAUUAGAAAUUAAAAUUAUGACUUCUGUUGUAUGAUUGUUUUGUGAUUAAAUGGC